AUUCAUAGAAAUCCUCUCCACACAGAUCCACCAAUACGAGCUGAACAAGAAGAAAAUGUACAAGCGCCACAAUAUUUACCAGAUCCAAGAGAUGGCAGCAUUUAUCAACUUAGCGACAUGGGUAACUUAAAGAAAUUGCCCUACACCAUACCUCAGCUUGUAGCCAGCGCGCCAUGCCGCUCAUCCGACGGCAUUUUGUAUUCGGGCAAAAAGAGCGAUACUUGGUUCAUGGUCGAUCCAAAGUCGGGUACCCGUAAGAAAGUUAUGGGCUUUGGACCUGGCGCCACCGAAGCAGAUGCCACACAAAAACCCACGGAAAAUGAGAAUAAGGCGAAGCGUGGCACUUCGCAGUCGAUUUACUUGGGGCGCACCCAGUACACUGUGAUGAUGUACGACAGCUUGGCGAAGGGAAAGAAUGCCAAGCCUUGGAAUAUCACUUUCUAUGAUUACAGUGCGCACACUAUGACGCCGGAUAUAUCGAAGGAGUAUGAAUAUCUGCACUUAACCACCACAUCCAAUGGUAAUAUAGUCACUUUGGAUCGCAAGAAUGGGAAGUUUUUGUGGCGACGCGAUCUAACAAGUCCAGUGGUCGCUGCAUUUCUGCUCGGUGCUGAGGGUCUACUUAGUGUGCCUUUCACCACGGUCUCCGACGAGGCAUUUGAAUCCAUAUUGGAGGAGUCCAAGACCGGCAAUGUGAAUACCGUCAAGUUAUUCCAAUCGCUGUAUGUGGGCGAGCAUCGUCAUGGCCUUUAUGCGCUGCCCUCGUUGGUGGACGAAGACACACCACGCAUUUCAGCCAGUCUGCCGAUAAAACUUUUGGAUGGUCCCAAUUCUGCUAACGAAGAAUCAAAUCCCAAAAUGAUUUACAUCAAUGAUGUUAUACGCAAGAAUGCUGGCAUUGUGCUCGGCCACUACAAUAUGCCUACUGAUGGCAAUUUGCAAAUAUCACCCUCACCUUCGAAAGAGGAAACCAGUAAUGACCUCGCCACCAUAAACCACUUCCCCGAUGUGGGCACUGUGGAUUCAAAUGGUUACAGUAUUAUCACAGGUUCGAGUAACGAAAAGAACUCUGCAGAAAUCGGUGUACAAACUGAGCCAGUAAUUGAAUUAAAAAUAGAGUCAACUAAUGCCUUCAAUAAGACAAAAAAAGUUAUCAUUGCGAAUACUAAUAAAAUACAAAAGUUCUUCAACGACUGGUUCAUGGAACAUCCGAGCGGUAAAGUGCAUCAGAUACUAAUUGUUU